AUGUUUGGACUUAACACAUUUUACCUAAAAUUCUUUUUGAGCAAUAUUAAACAUAAAGAUGAUGGAUGGAGCCAUACUUCUUUGAGUCUAAUAUCUGGCGGAUUAUCCGGUGCAACCACAUUAUGCAUGUUCUAUCCACUUCUUUUUUGUCAAACUCAUUUAGCUGCCCAUGUUGGACCCUUGGUUGACCGUGAAUAUACUGGAUUACUGGAUUGUAUACAAAAAACUGUUCAUACAAAUGGUGUUCGAGCUUUGUAUACUGGAUUUGCUAUUGCAGCCAAUGGAAUGGUGAUAAACAAAGCUAUUUACUUUGGAGCUUAUUAUAGUUUUAACAAAACUAUUCUAGAUCAUAGUAAUAGUCUAGUUUCUAUUGACGAAAAAGAUACAAAGUUACCAUUUUGGAUACGUUUUGGAACCGCACAGGUUUCCACUUACUUGUCACAAUUAUUCAGCUAUCCUCUUGAUACAAUUGGCAGAAUGUUGAUUGUUCAAACUGCACAAGAAGAAAAAUUAUAUCUAAAUGCCAGAGACUGUUUUACUAAACUAUGGAAAUCUCAGGGUAUAUCAGGCUUGUAUCGAGGAAUGUUGCCUAAUAUGAUUCGAUCAAGUGGUUCAGCUCUAAUUCUUGUGCUGCACGAUGAAUUCAAAUGGAUACUGAGUAAAAUGGGUUUAUUUGGAGGAGAAAUUCAAGACGAUUAA